UAAGAGACUUCUCUCCUCAACCCAACAAAAACCCCCAUCUUCACGCCAUGGCCUGCUGUGCUCCCUGCUGCUGCAGCGUCCCCACGGGCCCCGCCACCACCAUCUGCUCCUCUGACAAGUGCUGCCGCUGCGGAGUCUGCCUGCCCAGCACCUGCCCGCAUGACAUCAGCCUCCUUCAGCCCACCUGCUGUGACACCUGCCCCCCACCCUGCUGCGAGCCCGACACCUACGUGCCAACUUGCUGGCUGCUCAACUCCUGCCACCCGACUCCCGGCCUGUACGGGAUCAACGUGACGACCUGCGUUCAGCCCUGCUGUGAGAGCCCCUGCGAGCCCUGCUGUUAGGCCGCCAGGGCUUUGACAGGUUCCAGGAUGUGCUGCUCGGCGUCCCACACAUCACCCAGCCUUCAGCUACCUACGGCGGGCCAACUCCGUACUGUUCCCUGGGCCGUGUUUUCGUGAAUUAGUCCAACUUCUUGGUUCUUUCCUCCUCUGGGGAGACUUGGCAGCCUUUGUUCUGUCUUUUAGGCUACUUUACUGCUCUUUGAGAAAUAACCAUGUUGACUACUCAUUAAUAAACUUCAUUCUGGCUUAGCAAA